GAACCCCAGCAUCCAACUGAUGCCUUCCUGGAGUUAGUUCUCCCUUUGGGUCCUGGGGCGGAUGCUGAGAAAGAUCCAGGAUCAACUGCACAGAAGCUGACCAGGGCAGCACGGCUAAAGCAUUAGUGCCUCAAAGCAGCAAACUGACAGAUGUGCGCAUGUCUUCUUCCACUCCAGCUCUUCUCAACUUGUUUGACGACUUAAUUAUCUUACAUAACUAUUGUAAAGAUCCGAACAGCUCUGCAAAUCUCUCUGUUCCUGACUAACUAAAGCGGUGUGGACUGAGUUGGAAGUAGGCAGCACACAGCUCUUAGUGCUGAGAAACAAAUCAGCAAGUACUGGGAGUUGUCCUUCCAGCUUGAAAAUAAGGAGGAUUGUACCUGGGACCAGACCUCUCAAGGUUCUGUAGCACAAAGACCUGAUGAGGAUCCGCUGUUGAUGAGCUGCCUAUUAUACAGUCCUGUGAGAGAAAGAAGAUGGGAUCUGGCUGCCUAAAAGUCACCAAGUACUUCCUCUUCCUCUUCAAUCUCCUGUUCCUUAUCCUGGGUGCUGUGAUCCUUGGCUUUGGAAUAUGGAUUCUGGCUGACAAAACUAGUUUCAUCGCAGUUCUGCAGAUGUCAUCUCCCUCCCUGAAGACUGGUGCAUACAUCCUCAUUGGUGUUGGGGCUCUGACCAUGCUGAUGGGGUUCCUGGGCUGUCUUGGAGCUGUCAAUGAAAUCCGAUGUCUCUUGGGUCUGUACUUCACCUGCCUGAUGGUAAUUCUCAUAACUCAGGUUGCUGCUGGACUGGUCAUCUACUUCCAGAAGGAAACACUGAAAGACGAGUUGUCACACAUAGUCGGAACUCUGAUUGAAAAUUACGACCCUUUGAAUGAUGAUGAGAGGAAUUUACAAGAUGCGUGGGACUAUGUGCAAACACAGAUCGCCUGCUGUGGCUGGAGUGGAGCAAAGGACUGGGAAAACAAUAAGGUUCUUAUCAAUCAAAGCAUGACUGCCUAUCCCUGCUCCUGCUCCAAUAGUUCCAAGGACUUUCAGGUAGACAGUGGUUUCUGUAAUCUGGAUGUCCCUGUCAACGGCACUGCAACAUAUGCUGACUGGCCUGUUCAUGAGCAGGGAUGUAUGGAUGGCGUAGAGGAGUGGUUGAAGGACAACCUUGGUGUCAUUCUUGGGGUCUGCACCGGUGUUGCUGUUAUAGAGCUGCUGGGGAUGAUACUGUCCAUUUCACUCUGCAAGAACAUACACAGCGAAGACUACACCAAAGUGCCCAAGUCUUGAGUUGACAGAAUCCAGAGCUACAGCACCACAGAGAAAGGAGCAAACAGAACAUUCCUGCCUCAUACCCAGACUAUCCAACCAUUGACCAUUAUUCCUGUGACAUCUCAUUUCUGAUACCACUCUGCUAAGAACUGUUAGAGCUGCAAUACAGCCUGAUCUUCUGGCAAUAGGGCCCUUAGGCCACCUGCAUCCUGCCUCUGGAUUACUUCUACUUCAAGAAGCUGAACUUAACUGUCUCAUAUCACAUGAGACACCGAUUAACCUGAGGGGACAAUGCUUUUACUGCCUGCUUCAUGUUAAACAAUACUAUUCAUAUCUCCAUUCUAAAACCCACUGGGCCUAACAUACUCCUCUACCCCCUCAUUAUCCUCCCACAUAUCUUUUCCCCUUCCUCCAGAAGUCCUAUCUCUUUGUCCCACAAGCCAGGAUUGCUGUUCAGAUUCCAGUGCUUUAGUAGCUUCACCUACUUCAGUGACUUGUGGUAACUAGUCGUGCUUUAUAGGCCUUCUCCUCCCUUGCAGUUAGCCUGAUUCAGCUCCUACUGUGCAUCUUCCAGCCUAGGCUCUUGUAUGAAGCAUUGAGCGCUACUGUCAUAUUUGCUUCUGCUUCUGGAAUCAGCUAUGCCUUGCCUUCAGCAGAGCUCUUCAAGUGUGAUGAGAAGCCACCAGUAGGGAGCCAAGCCUGCCUGUUCCAAGUGUGGCCUGACAGAUUGUGGUGGUGGUGCUCAGCUGCUUCUGGAAUGUAUCCCUUGGGUCCUGGACUUGACACUUACAUGUUUCUUCCACUUGCCUCUUUACUUCUUCUUCUCCCUCCCAGCACUGCUUUGCUGGCUCCUGUCAGCUUGGAGGCACUUCAGAAACAGGCUGGCUUCACUGGUUGUAUUUGUGGGUUGCCAACUUUUAUAGAGGUUAUGAUUAACUUGAUUCUUCCCCUGCCCCCUUUAUGAACAUAAAUUUUUUUAGCUGUGUUUUUUAACUAUGAACAUGGAGGGAUCUCACUGGAUUGCUGAUGCUGUGUAUUGAAGAUAUCACUCCUACCAGUGCCCAGUUUAGGUUCUGUAGUUUGGAUGCGAGGAUAAGUUGCUUUUAUUUCAGUUGUCCAAUCUUCUGACUCCACUGUGGCUAGGAACCAUGGCUGCAUCCUGAGCUGUCUUGAGUGUAAGCACUGCAGCAGAUAAGUAGCUGGUUCUGCAGUCGUGCAGGCUGGAUGGUUUCUGUAUUUAAUGGCCAGGCUGUUUGCUCUAUUCAGCCAAUGACCAGCAGCAAGGAGUGAUGUAGAGCAGAAGUAGGAAAUAUAUGAAAAACUGCCUCAGCUUCUUAGAAAAGGGAGCUGGAUGCAAAUCCUUGGUUUUAGAGGUGGCUUGGGCACAACAGGUUUCCUACAGUUGCACAUGCCUGUAAUCACCAUGAGAGCAGGAAACUGUAUGAGAGAGAAGUGGAUGGUCCUUGGCCAAGACCCCAUACAAGGUACUUGGUGAGAGAGCCUUUGCCUUACAGCGGUGGUCCCAGGACUGUCUCUUGUUGGGGUGGUCUGGUAGGAAUAACCCUAGUAGCAGUUCAAAGGGUGGCUUUGCUACCUACUUAGUUUUCCUUCUGGGAAGAAAGGCUCGUGCAUGGGAUCAGGGCUCCAGCAGUGGGUCCCUGCUCUGUCCUUAUCUCUAGACACAGCAGUGAUUUGGGAGAGUAGAUGCAACUGGGCAACUGUGUUUCGUGGAGAUCUGACAAGACUUUGCUUUUUUGAGACACUUGCCCCCUCCUGCACAGAUCCUUGAAGCUGACCUUUGCUAUAGCAGAAGGCACCCUUCUUAGCAGUAAAGCUUGCUAGCUUUUUUAGCACAAAGUCUGUUCUCUAAUGUGUUCUUAUUUGUAAGAUUCUUGUUCAGUUACACAUGCCAAUGCUGAGCAGCAAGUAAAAAAGAACCCAUUCUGGGUUUCCUUUUUGUUUUUUGUCUGUUUUUAGCAACAUCUUCCUACUGGAAGAAAUGCAUGUACAGAUAUAAAAGUCUAGAGGGUGAAUAUUUCUGUAAUAAAGACUUUGCUAAAAAAAAAA